AUGGCGUUUAACGUGGAUUCUGUUCGACAAAGUUCAUGGAAGGUGUAUAAGUUUGUCGAGGAGCACAAUCAUGAACUUGUUGAACGUCAUGAUAAGCAUUUUCUUCUAACUGAACGUCACCUCACUCAGCUCCAGAAGCAUGUUAUACACAGCAUAUCUAAGUUGAAUUUGGGUCCUGUCAAGGCGUUUAAUGUUAUGAAGACUUGUUUUGGCGGUUUUGAAGACAUGGGUGCAAGCAAAGUUGAAUUUAAGAACUAUAAGAGGCAAAUUAACUUGUUCAUAGGGGAAUAUGACGCCGAUAUGGUUGUGAAACAUUUGAAUGAAAAAAAACAUUCCCAGCCUAAUUUCUCGUAUGAUUACAUCACAGACGAAGAGAAUCGUUUGAAGGGUCUUUUUUGGUGUGACGAUCAAGCCAAACAUAAUUACCACGUGUUUGGUGAUGUGAUUUCGUUUGACGCCACGUAUCGUUCCAACAAAUACUCUGUGGUGUUUGUACUGUUCACUGGUAUAGACAAUCAUCACUGCAAUGUUACAUUUGGUGCAGCAUUAUUGGCGUCGGAAACUGCUGCUACGUAUAUUUGGUUGUUAAGAGUUUUUCUAAAAACUGUUGGUUCUCAACCAAAAGUAGUUGUCACUAACCAAGAUCCAGCGAUGAAGAAGGCUAUUUCUGUUGUAUUUGUUGACACGAGGCAUCGGUUAUGCAUGUGGCAUGUGAUGCAUAAACUUUCUCUGAAGGUUGGUGUUAGGCUAUGCAAUUUGACCAAUUUUAAAGAACGUAUUUGUGGUGUUGUGUGGACAGAUAUUCUCACACCUGAAGAGUUUGAAUCAGAAUGGGAAGCAGUUAUCGCAUAA